AUCUGUUAUAUGCUCAAAAGUCGAGGAUUUUACUUCAUCACGUAGGUACAGUGAUGAAGGGGUAGGAUUGGGUGGUCCUAUACAGACGAUGAUCUCUGAUUACGUGCCAAUGCACCAGGACUUCUUCAUGGCUGCUGUGGAGAGUCUGGGUGUUUCAGAAAGUCGGGACUCACUGGGAGGAAACCCUAUGGGCUGUAGCUUCCAGCCGUCAAAUACCCGCAAUAGCAAUCGCAAGAGGUCUUAUAGUGCCCAUCAUCCCGGAUAUCCCUCACGUGCAGGCCCAAAUCUUGAGAUACGAGUAGCGACAAGGGUGCGCAAGAUUAAUUCACAGCCCACAAGAACCUGAUAGCAAUAAAUGGUACCCUGGAAGACAAUACAACCAUCUCGGCAACCAAAGAAAUUAUCCUUGCCGCCGGUACUAUGCAGAGCUCAGGC